CAACCUCGUGGGUUUUCUCCGGGUCCUCCGGUUUCCUCCCACUGCUAAAGACCCGAACGCGCAAGCAGGCCACUUGAACUAAAUCAUAUGACUGGAUUUUUAAAAAGUAUGCCUAUUAAAAUAUUCAAUGUUUAGGAGAUAACUUUGACAGGCGUAUCUUAUAACUAUUCUUCGAGUUUCAUAAUAUGUCUUUUAUUCCUGUGCAUUGUUUAAAAGUCUUCAGCAUGGGAUUUUUUUCUCAUGGGUUCAGCUCAUUUGCUGUUUUUGCAAUUCAUUCAUUUAAUGCAGUUGUUCGCUUCUUUACCAAUUCAAUCUAUUAGGGUCAUAAUAUGUGUGUCAUUUUUGCAUGAACUGGGCUAAUGAAGACAGGCAUAUCCCACCCAGUGUGUUAUGAGAGAAAUUUUUGCCCGUGGCAGCGGCUCCGGACGACCUCCUGUUAUUUCCAUUUCCACCAGUUACAGGAUGAUUAAAGUGCUGCCAAUGUAUGGAAGAUGUUUCGACCAAUCACACACAGAGGCCUAUUUAUAAGUUUGUCAUGCUGAUAUUUUUGGUUCAGUACCUUUCCAAAUGGCAGCAGUCUAUUGCAAACAGCAACCUACGCUAAAUCAACUUAAUGGUAGUUCUCUGAUCUCGAGAAAUAUCUCGAUCACUGUGAGAGCUAAAUUGAUCGAUAUAUGGUCACGUGACAUAAGUCCAAAAUGGAUGUCGAAGUUCAGGUUAAAGCGGAAGAUAUUAAUUUAUUAUGUGAAUUUCAAAGAUUACAAACAGAAUAUAGUAAACUACAGGAAUAUGUAACGGACUUGGAAUCAAAAUAUUCAAAAGAUCUUGUAACCAAUCAACAAGAGGACGAUAAUUUUAAUAAUCAACUCUAUCAGGUUGUCGUUGAUCUGUUCGGUAAACAACAAUAUAGUGACAUAACAAUCUUGUUAGAAGAUGGCCGACGGUUUUAUGGACAUAAGUUGGUUUUAUCAACAAGAAGCGAUGUGUGGGACGAUCGUAACCUAGAAACAGAAGAUCAGAUCGAUUUAUCAGAUGUAAAAUAUGAUGUAGUGUAUUAUAUGUUAAAGUGGGUGUAUACUGAUAUUUUUGAUGAUUUUGAAAGCGUUGGAUAUUUAUUACUUCUUGACUUAUUAAAAACUACAAAAAGAUGUCGAUUACAGGAGUUAUAUACAAGAUGUCAGGAGGCAUUAAAACUUCUGGUUGAUAAAGACAACUGUAGAAUUAUUAACCAGGUAGCUGAAGAAUUAUCGGAUGAAUGUUUAACAGAUCUAAGUACAAUAUUUAUGAAGGAGAUUGAGGAAGAGGAAGCCAGGAUAGAUAUGGAUAACCAGACAGAUAAUAACGAUUCAGACUCAGACAAUUUAGUUCUGACUUUUGGUUUGAAAUCACCAACAACAGUCAAAAGAGGGAAAAAGAGAUCAAAAGAAAAAUCCAGCCUCGAAUGUCCGAAAUGUGACGAGAAAUUUAAAACAGAAGACGAGGUCAAAGAACACUUUAUUGCAUCUCAUACGAAAUUCUGUAACAUUUGUGAAAAGAAUCACGGUCCAACGAUGGUGAAUAGUUACACGUGGAAGGACACGGGUGAAAAGAAGAAUAUUUGUCGCGUUUGUAUGAAGAAGAACGGGGUUGAGUUUAAAUCGAAGGUCGUAUUGGAUAAAUAUUUUGAUAAACGAUUCAUGUGUGAUAUAUGUGGGAAAAGUAAUCGUUGUGAAUCUCAUCUCAUCAGUCAUCGUCGCGUCCACACGGGUGAAAAGCCGUAUAGAUGUGUAACGUGUGGACAAGGUUUUGCUAGUAAGACGUCGUGCAGUCGACACGAAUUAACGCAUACAGGUGUUAAAAUGUACAAGUGUGAAGAAUGCGAUCGGACGUUUGCUCGCGGGUAUCAUCUUCGGCGACAUCGGUUGAUUCAUAGCGGAGAGAAACCUUUUCAGUGCCCUGUGUGCGGUCGAUUGUUCCGUCAAACGAACACCCUACAAGUCCAUGCCCGGACACAUACAGGGGAGAGACCUUAUGAUUGUCCACAUUGUGAGCGAGCGUUCUCUGAUCGACGUUCGUUACUCAAACAUUGGAGAAACAGUCAUACGGAAGUAUACACACACAAUGAACACGAUAAUGGUGAUCCAAAUGUCGAAAUCGACAAUGUUAUGUAAACAAGCCUGACUCCUGGUUGAUCAAAAAUUGACAAUUUUAUUAUAUAGAAAACUUCUAGUGUGGGAUGGGUAUCAAGAAAUGAGCAAUUUUGUAUAGACAAGUUCUAGUGUGGGAAAUAGAAAUUGGUUUUAAUGUCCACUUGACAAAUACUAGGUAAUUUCGGGACUAACAUAUGGUUCAAUUUUAUUCCAAUAUUUCGCUUGUGUGAGAGGAAAUUAUUCCAUUAAUUAGCUGUGGAAGGAAACCGGAGGACUCAGGAGAAAAGCCAUGAGGUUGGAAAGGCGACCCUACUCCUUGUCACGUACAAGCGGAGUGUGGAGGAAGGGGAAAUAGGCAAUUUUAUAAACAUUCAAUAAACUCAAGUCCUAGAUUGGUGUAAAUGUAGAGUGAAAUGAAAUGAGGUUUAACGUCCUGCUUUUCUGCUUCAGCUGAGCUAAUGAAGACUGGCAUAUGCUUGUGCCAUGAAGAAAAUUUUGCUGGAAAGCGGCACCACAGCCUACUUUUAAUCGAAUUCCAACUGCCAAGUUAUCUUUUAUGUGCAUGUCAAUGUACACACAGGAACCAUCCCAUCCAACCGACUAUACAUUGUCCCUUGCCAGGCCCUCUGUCCUACACCACUGACAAAGGGAAUCAGGAAAAUCCUGAUGAACUUUCUCUGCCAAUGCAGGGGCCAAAAACGCGACCUCCCAGUCAGCGAGUCAACUUCUUACUCACUGAGCCACUGUGGCUCCCGUACACAUAGCAGAACAUUUUGGAUUUGCCAAAAACUAGGCACAUUUUCUUCUGCAGGAAGCAGUUUCCCUCGUAGCACACUACAUACUGUCUUCGUUAGCCCAGUUUCCCUCGUAGCACACUACAUACUGUCUUCGUUAGCCCAGUUUCCCUCGUAGCACACUACAUACUGUCUUCGUUAGCCCAGUUUCCCUCGUAGCACACUACAUACUGUCUUCGUUAGCCCAGUUUCCCUCGUAGCACACUACAUACUGUCUUCGUUAGCCCAGUUUCCCUCGUAGCACACUACAUACUGUCUUCGUUAGCCCAGUUUCCCUCGUAGCACACUACAUACUGUCUUCGUUAGCCCAGUUUCCCUCGUAGCACACUACAUACUGUCUUCGUUAGCCCAGUUUCCCUCGUAGCACACUACAUACUGUCUUCGUUAGCCCAGUUGGUGCAGAAAAGUAGGAUGUUAGACCCUAUUUUAUUCAUUUGUUAUUAUUAUGUUUUGUGGAUGUAACUGCUAGCCAGGUAGAUACAUGUGCUUGAUAUCUUUAAUACUUUCACCUGGUCAGUUAUUUGGAUGUAACUGCUAGCCAGGUAGAUACAUGUGCUUGAUAUCUUUAAUAAUUUCACCUUGUCAGUUUUUUGGUGUCAGUUCAAUUAAGUGACAUAGAAUUCAUUCACAAUCCAGUCUAGUUCAGUCCAUUCCAGUCAAGUAUUAGUCCUAUCACAGUCCAGUCUCGUUUAGUCCUAUCACACUCAGUCCCAUUCAGUCCCAUCACAGUCCAGUCAGACCUACUACCACAGUCCAGUCAGACCUACUACCACAGUCCAGUCAAUCCUAUCACAUCCAGACAGUCCUAUAUCACUCCAGUCAGACCUACUACCACAGUCCAGUCUGUCCUAUCUCACUCCAGUCAGUAGUACCACAGUCCAGUCAGUCCUAUCACAGUCCAGUCAGUCCUAUCACACUCACUCCAGUCAGACUAUCACACUCAGUCAGUCCAAUCACACUCAGUCAGUCCUAUCACAGUCCAGUCAGUCCUAUCACACUCACUCCAGUCAGUCCUAUCACAGUCUAAUCAAACCUAUCACACUCCAGUCCUAUUCAUAAAUAAAUCGUCACAUGCCUUGACUUGUUUUAUUUGUGUGUAUGUGAGAAUGUUCCAUCAAGUAUCCCCCGCCCCUAUUCAAAGUGUUGAUUCUGUUGUUAUGUGUUUAUUUAUGUUAAAUAAUUUAUUAAAAUAAACUUGUU